GUCCAUGCAGGAGGGAAAUUUUUUUGGGAAAUUUUUCAUUUCCCUCCAAUUACAACAAAACCCAAAAAUAGCACUACUUCUAUAAAUAGAAAGCAUUGAAUGCAUUCCAUGCAUUCAAUGCUUUCUUCUUUUGUUUCUUCUCUUCUUUAUGGAGUUUUCUACUUCAUCUUUGUCUUUUGAUGAGCAAGUCCCACCGGAAUCCGAGGAUGAUUCUGCCAGUGAGAACCAGCCCCACCCUCCACUUCUCCAAGUCCCCAUUCUCAACCUUGAAACCCCUACAGAUUCAGAGGAAAACACAGCACAUUCACGAGAAAAACAAAGCGAAAGAAGACGAAGAAUAGUCGAUAGGUUACUACAGUCUUAUAAGCACGGCAAACUUCAGCACGGUUGCAUUAAAGCAGUGGCUGGAGAGUUCAACAUUUCCAGAAAAACAGUAGGGAAAAUAUGGUCUUCAGCUAGUGGUCAAAUGCGGGAUGGUCUACCACAUUGUGUUCAAUGCAAAAGGAAAGGGAACUCUGGCAGAAAAGAAGUGCCUGUUGACAUUCCAAAGAUGUUGGCAGUUCCAUUUCAUAGGCGCAAGAACAUACGUGCCCUUGGCUAUGCAAUGGAAGUAUCCAAAUCAACUCUCCAGAGAUGGUUAAAAAGGAAGACUAUAAGGAGACAUUCCAAUGCAAUCAAGCCAUAUUUGUCACACCCAGGUAAGCUAAAAAGACUUAGCUUUUGUUUGGACCAUAUUUCUCCCUCAUCACUUCCAUUGGACCCAACAUUUCACAAUUUUUAUGAUUAUAUUCAUAUUGAUGAGAAAUGGUUCAAUAUCACAAAGGAAAAGGCCACCUUUUAUGCACUGCCAGAGGAAGAAGACCCACACAGAACAAUUCAAUCCAAAACACACAUACCAAAAAUAAUGUUUUUAGCAGCAGUGGGUAGGCCUAGGUAUGGGGCUGAUGGGGGUCUGCUGUGGGAUGGGAAAAUUGGCAUUUUCCCCUUCACCUAUCUUGCUGAAGCAAAAAGGGCUUCUAAAAAUAGGCCAGCAGGAACACUUGAAGUUAAGGCAGUGCCAGUUAUAGACAGGGUGGUCAUGAAAAAUAUUUUGAUUCAAAAACAUCUGCCAGCAAUCAAGGAAAAAUGGCCAGGACCAACUAAACAUGUUAUCAUUCAGCAAGAUAAUGCCAAACCACAUGUGGAAGGAAAUAAUCCAGAGUUUCUAGCAGCAGCAGAAGAUGGAGAUUGGAACAUUGAACUGAAAUUUCAGCCACCCAAUAGCCCAUAUUUAAAUGUACUUGAUCUGGGUUUCUUUAGGUCAAUUGACAGUAUUCAAGAUCAAUCAGCCCCUAGAAACUUAAGUGAAUUGAUAAAUGCUGUAACCACAGCAUUCCAGGAUAUCCCACAUGAGAAGUUGAAUAAUGUUUUCCUAACAUUGCAAGGAGUUAUGGGUGAGGUUCUUAAGAACAGAGGUGGCAACAAUUUCAGAAUACCUCACAUUGGGAAAGCAAUGUUAGCUAGGGAAGGAAGGCUGCCAGACAAUGUAGGGGUCACCCAAGAAGUUUAUGAACAGGCAAAACAUUUUUUGGAGGAACAAAUGUGAACUUUUUUGGAAGUUCUUUUUUGCAUGUACAAUAUGGCAUGGGAAAAUUACAAUAUUCUCUUGUACUCCCAAGUCAAUGUACAAAUGUAAUCAGUGUAGCAUCUAACUUUAGGUCACCAGGCAGUUUGAUCAGG